AUGUCCAUAUCCAAACAUACAGGACACAAUGCCAUCACCAAACAAAAAUGGUCAAAACUAAAAUCUGCCACCAUGGGACCAAAACACAUGGCCUACCUACCAUUUUUUUCUUAUCAUUCACUUUCUUCACAAUUCUUAGCCAUGUCCAUGCAUGUCCACGUAUUCUUCCUCUUCUUAACCGUAGCCAUCUUUUCCGGAACACCAUCGAUGUCGCAGUCGCAAACCGCAGCUUCCUGCAACGGAAUAUUCGUGUCGUACGUCUACACUGGCGGCGAGCGGCUGCCGCCGAACCUCUCCAACGUGACGGAGCAGCCGUACCGGUUCGAGUCGACACUGACAGUGCUGAACAACGGGUUGGAGGAGCUGAAGUCUUGGAAGGUGUUCGUGGGGUUUCAGCACAGCGAGUGGUUGGUGUCGGCGUCGAACGCGGUGCUCGCGGACGGCACGAGUCUUCCCAGUGCGGUUGGGAACGGCACCAUAUUUAGUGGGUCGACGGUGAGAGAUCUGAAGACGGCGGUGGCGACCGCCGGGGACUUGAACCAGAUGCAGAUUCAGGUGGAGAUGGUGGGGAGCUUGCUUGGGGUGGCACCACCCUCUGUGCCGAUGCCUCGGUCGGUUACCUUGUCUAACGAUGGAUUCGUGUGUGGUCAACCCUCUGGUGAAGGUAGGUAUAUCCACCUUCUUCUCUGCUUCAUUUCUAUCCUAUCUGCUAAACAUGGACUCUUGUAG